ACCGUUAAACAGAAAGGCAAGACUUUUCUGGCUGUUAUCAACCAAGUGUUUCCUGCAGAAGAGGACAGUAAAAAGGAUAUGGAGGAUAAUUGUUCACUAAUGUACUUAAAUGAAGCUACACUCCUUCACAAUAUCAAAGUGCGGUACUGUAAAGACAGAAUUUAUACCUAUGUAGCCAACAUUCUUAUUGCAGUGAACCCAUAUUUUGAUAUUCCUAAACUUUAUUCUUCGGAGACUAUUAAAAAGUAUCAAGGUAAAUCACUUGGUACAUUACCACCACACGUCUACGCAAUAGCCGAUAAAGCAUUCCGUGACAUGAAGGUACUCAAGAUGAGUCAGUCCAUCAUAGUUUCUGGAGAAUCAGGAGCUGGCAAGACAGAAAAUACAAAAUUUGUUCUGAGGUAUUUGACUGAAUCCUAUGGUACCGGUCAAGAUAUUGAUGAAAGAAUCGUAGAAGCCAAUCCACUCUUAGAAGCCUUUGGAAAUGCAAAGACUGUUCGCAACAACAAUAGCAGCCGUUUUGGAAAAUUUGUAGAAAUCCAUUUCAACAAAAAGAAUUUGGUGGUUGGUGGAUUUGUAUCACAUUAUCUUCUGGAGAAAUCCAGGAUCUGUGUGCAAGGCAAAGAGGAGAGGAAUUACCACAUCUUUUACAGGCUUUGUGCAGGUGCUCCUGAAGAUAUUAGACAAAAGCUGUAUUUAAGCUCUCCAGAUAACUUUAGGUAUUUAAAUCGUGGCUGCACUAGAUACUUUGCUACCAAAGACACAGACAAGCAAAUUUUGCAAAAUCGCAAAAGUCCUGAGUACCUAAAAGCAGGUUCCCUGAAGGAUCCUCUGCUAGAUGAUCAUGGAGACUUCAACAGAAUGUGCACAGCAAUGAAAAAGAUUGGCCUGGAUGAUGCGGAGAAGCUUGAUCUUUUCAGAGUAGUAGCUGGUGUCCUUCACCUUGGAAAUAUUGAUUUUGAGGAAGCUGGGAGUACUUCAGGUGGAUGCAUUCUGAAGAACAAAUCUAGUCAGUCUCUACAAUACUGCGCAGAAUUGCUAGGUUUGGAUCAGGAUGAUCUACGUAUCAGCUUAACUACCAGAGUCAUGCUUACAACAGCAGGGGGCACCAAAGGAACGGUUAUAAAGUAA